AUGGUAAGAGUCUUGACAAUGCGACGGUCUAUAUCGUUGAUGCGUCCGAAUCCGGGCACCAUUGUUCCAGCUGCUGUGAUUAAGGCCAGGAGCGGAUCACAAUCGCACCUUCAGGUCACGGACACAGAGCCCCUUUUCGCGAAAACUGACAAUUUGCUCAGCACUCGGUGCCGAAUUUUGGGUCAGCCGCCAACGCUUGCGUCGGUGAGUGUACCUGCUUCUGUGCCGUUCUAUGUGCGUCGUGGAUGUCUUGUAUCCAUUUCUGAUGCACCCGACGUUAUUCUGUCACAUACCUGGGCUGGGCCUGUAACUAAGUUUCUCAGAUACGGGUCACUGAGACCCGCAUUGUACCAUGAAAUCGUGGCUCCCGAACAGUUCAAUGCUCUUGUUGCGCCAAACGUUGGUGCGGCCUGGCUGGGAGCGUCUGUUGCGGCCUGGCUCGGAGUAUCCGCUACGCCGUUUCGAACGCUUUGUUUGCUGGAUCUGGAUGGUACAAGCGACUGGUGCGUUUUUGGACGCGAUGCGGUCAUUGCGUAUGAGCGCAAUACAUCGCUUGAAGUCCGCGACCGGCCCCUUUUCAGCUUGAGUGGCGUAGGCGGGAAACAUACGGCGCUACCGGCCAAGCACCAAAUCAUACAGGGCCGCGGUAACAUCCUGCUUAGCGGUGCGGGCUCUGUUUACACGAUAACACUGGACACAGCGGAAGACGACACAAUCUUGCGGAGUGAGCAUUUGCUCGGGAUCAGUGGUACUUCCCGGGCCGAAAUCGCCUCUGCGAUCACCACGGACUUCUCCUGCAUUGAAGCCGGAACGUCCCGUCAAACAGCGGUCUCUACGGAGGUAGAAAACGAGAGCGAAUUCGAUCUGAAGCAAUUCGUGUCAAUGACCAAAAACGGCAUAGUAGCGACAUGGAACUACGCGAAACGGGUCUACUCUAAUUACAUCAAUGGCACGACCAAAUUUUUAAGGAUCAAGGGACCAAGAACCAUUCUAGUUCAGAGCUCUUACAACGCUUUUUUGCCUGCUACUCCUAUGUCUCGUCCGCGUAUUGAAGGAACGACAAUACCUCCACACGAGUCCACACCAAAAGCCGGUCCCGACACGUACCUGAACUACGUAACCGUCUCUAGGGACGGUUCCGUCGAAUUCAAAAGCACGCCCAACUUUCAACGGGUCGUCCACGAAAUUGAAGAACGGGGCAGAAACAAAUGA